UCGUCUGAUGAAUUUCCAAGUUAGUAAAGUAACAGUAAAAUUUUGAGAAAUGGAACAAACAAACAACUACAAAAGAAGAAGAAGAAGCUGAAUUCAAUGGGUUUUAGCGUUUCUUCCUUCUCCUCAUCUUCAUCUUCAUCUUCUUCAAGCUUUUCUUUGCAACACACCCUUCCACCGUUAUUAAAGAGAACAGCUUCUUCUAACAGAAGAGUUUGCAUACAAAGCUGUUUUUCUUCAGUAUCUUAUCACAAAUUUGUUGAUUUUGCUUUGGAUGAAACCUCUCUCCAUACCCACUUGCUCUCUUCCCCUUUACAGGAAAAGUAUAGUUCCAUGAAAUCUAAGGAUGGUAAAGGAGUGCUGAAUAUGUUAUCAUUUCAAGCUGACAAGAUUAGGCUUCUACGUAGUAUGACCAUUGAGACAGAAACAAUGCAGGUUUUGGACUUCACCGUAUUUCCAAAAGCGGAGUAUGAUGUCCCCAUAUUUUGUGCCAACUUUUUCUCGACCGCCAAAACAAACAUUGUUGUGUUGGACCUUAAUCCAUUACAUGAUAUCAUCAAUCAGGAUGACUACAAGGAAAAGUACUUUAAAAGCUUAAUGCCUCUUGGCCUGAAAUAUGCUGAGCAUUUUCCAUGGGGAGGGAAGCUCACAAGUGAGUCUAUAACUUUCUUUUCACCGAUAGUCAUUUGGACAAAGUUUACUUCAAGCCCACAAAAUUAUGAUAUUCUGUAUUCGGCAUUCAGAGAUUAUUACAAGCCUUGGAUGCAGGUAUGGUUGGAAUUGAUAGCCACGGCAGUAAAAGAGACUGAUGGAUAUCAAAUUUCCCACAAUCUUGAAGCACAACAUAGAUAUCUGACAUGGAGAGCCGAAACGGAUCCGGGACAAGGUGUUUUGAAGAAGCUGAUAGGGGACACACUUGCCAAGGAUUUAUUAAGAAGCUUUCUUUUUAACGGAGUCGAUGAACUAGGAAGCAAAACGUUCAAUGACUAUUUUCCUCAUUACCACGGCGAGGAAGGAACUCUAAAUAAGAAAGGUGGUAUUGCUGGGAAGUCUUUUGAAAAUCGCCCAUGGGAUGCAAGCGGAAAAUUCCUUGGUCAAUGAAUGUUGGAGCUUGGCCGCGCGAUUGCACUCAAACUGGUUAAAUUUCUUUGACUCAGGUUCUGCAAAGCAAAUGUUGGGUUUCCGCUGCAAAUUUUCUCCAUGAUGAAUGCUUGGUCGAAUCACUGUAUGCUAUCACUGUAUUAUGUAUGUCCAUGCUUGUUGUAUUAUAUGUAUACAGAAUUAAAUUCAGCGGCUAAAAACAAAUAUCAACACCGAAGCGAAGACUGUUUACAUAUUUGUAAUUUUUACAUCUGUAUUGUUAGAUUCAAAAUUUUGAUUAGUCUGCAGCUGUUUCGUGUUGGAUUAGCUGCAGAUAAAUAGUAAAAUCUAGGAAACUUGAUGUUUGGUGCAAUAUCAUAAGUUAUAAUAGCAAAUAUUUCACCAUGUGUAUUUUAGAUUGAUUUGCAUAACCUGAAAAUAGUCACCCGUUUCUAUAAUUGAUUAUGGAUUUGGAAUAUUAAUCUGUCAAUGUUCUUCUAUUGA